AUGAUGUUGACACAGAAAAUCUUUGCGACGAACGAAGUCAAACUGCCUUCUGAAUAUGUGCUUUUGCAAUCCGAGCAACGAGGAUCCUUGGCGUCUCACUCAUUCAAACACGAAUUCAAGCUGGAAAGAGCAAAGUUCGAACGACAUACACGCAUUCGGAAGGUAGCGUCGGAGGCACCAAGCUAUACAGUCGCAUUUGAAGAUACUACAGCCCAUCCACGCAGGAGCCUAGAUUGUCUCUCAAAAGGUAUUCUUGAUCGAUUAUUUAUCCUGUCACGGUAUACCGCAUGCAAUGCGAAUCGACGAUAUACUAACAAGCAGGAGUCAAAAAACUACUUCACUUCUACUGGGAGGUGUGCCAAGUAUGAUGAGGACGGGAAGCUUGAGCGGAAAAUGAUUCUCCGAUUAAUGACAUCUAAGAUGUGCACGCGAAGUCCCGCAUAUCCGGCAGCCCAUAUCCGUCAAGCUCACCCACAAUUUGACAGAUCAAAUGCGGCAAAAUCUUCCACAGCGUCCUCCAAACUCUGGGCGAGGAAUGCUAAUGCAAUUAAUAGCUUGGGCGAAUCUGAUGUCAAGCCGCAUCUUGAUUGCUUGCAAGAAUAUUUCAAACUUCCAGGUAACAGCAAUGGGCGCUGUAUUACUCCAAUCUAUAUCGGCACAGCUGACGGCGGUUCUUGCGAGAAAGUACCGCGGGAACGCAUGUGGGAGUGAUGUGAGAUAUUUCGUUGUGCGGCUCCUCCAAUCCCCAAUGAAGAAGUGCCAGCAAACAAAGAAAGCGACGAUGGAGCGCGGAAGAAUGAGACCGCGCAGAGAGCCCGUGGUUGCCCAUAGAUUAAUAUUGGUAUCGUACUAAAGUUGGGUGAGUCGAAAGCGACAUCCAAAAGCAUCCAGAUCGAACGCAAGAGAUGCUCCUGGUCAGUGUCACCACCAUAACCACUUCACUGAAGCUUCACCCUCGUUUGAAUGUAUGUAUCUUGACCAACACACGAUAUUUUUCUGUAAAGUAAAUUGUGAACUGUGGCUUUAGGUA